AUGGCUGCCACAGUGCCCCACAGGGUCCAGCGGCUGGUGGCCAUCUCUGUUGGUCAUCCUGGGGGUGCAUGGGGAGCGGGGGGUGCAGAGCAGAGGGCAGCCAGCUGGUACUUCCUGCUGUUCCAGUACCAGGGCAAGGCCGAGCAGCUGUUGCAGGCGGAUAACUGGCGGCUUUUCCGAGAAUUCAUGGGGCCGCAUGUGGGGUCAGAAGACAUGGCAACAUACAUCAGAGACCUGUUCAGGCCUGGUGCCCUGUCGGCAGGUCUGGCUUGGUACCGAGCAAACUUUCAGGUGGAGCGCUUUGCUGCAACAGAGCCAGCGCUUGACAUGCCCAAGGUGGCCUGCCCUGUGAUGGGAGUGUGGUCAACGGGCGACCAGGGGUUGUUGGAGCCUCAGAUGCUUGUAUCAUCCAAAUUUGUGCGAGAAGGUCUGUGGCGGUAUGAGCGCAUUGAAGGCGCAGGCCACUGGGUUCCCAGAGAUGCCCCUGAGCAACUGAAUGAACUGCUGCUACAGUUUCUGCCCCUGCCAGUGAAGCUCUAG